CAUCAGCCUGGGCAGUUUGCCAUUGUAUGUUAGUGAUGGGGGUGAGAUGGUAUGCUGGAGAGACGUGGUCUUUAGAGCCUCCUAUGUCUGACAAUUAGAUUUAGCUACAUUAUUUCCUACUGCACCCAGUCUGUCGAGCGUCAGUCAAUUUACAAAAUAUAGAUUGUUAUCGUUUUCGGCACUCAGACGUUUUUAAGGUUUAUUAUCAGCACGUAGUAGACUGUGCGUAGCUUUUGGACGCUCCUACAAAUUAUAUUGCACGCAGUCAGGAAUUUUGGAAACAAGGCACAGUUUCACAGUUUCUGUAGUAGCCUAGAAAACAAUAUGCCUAUAGGCUAGUCUUCUUUUACCCUUAUAUUUGUAGAAGAUUGAGUCUAGCCUAUGCACAUUAUUGUCAUUCCCGAUACUAGAAUAGUCUAUGCUACUAUAAUUUGGUUAAAUUGGAUUAGGUCAACAUCAUGAGAUGUAUGUCAUUUAGUUUUUUCUGAAAGCCAUUACUGCAACCUGGUGGUUUAAUGCCAGGCUAAAUGAUGUACAGAUGUAUCGAACAGCUUUUUGUUUUAUUAGGCCUACCAGCUCACAGUAUGAAAACCAAGGCCUGAUACGUUGUCCUCUGUAUGUAAUAGGCUAGCCAUUAACUGAUGUUGGCUGUCUGGCCACCCUCUUGGUUGUGAUUAACCUGCAUGGUUGUAAUUGUAUCAGUCAAUUUUUUUGUGACAUUUAGGGGAGGGGGGAUUACAACUUUUUGCAAUAACCACAGUAUGUUUUGUAUAGGAGAUUGGUGCUGCCUCCUGUAAGGUAAUUUUGUGACAGGUAAUAUGUAACGUGUAAUAUGCAUAUAACAACUUUCCACUGUAAAAGACAAAUGGAGACACAUUUACUUGCAAUGCAAUCUCUAUAUGUAGUAAUGAAUAGGCUAGCUUCCACAGAAACUUCAACAGAGAAGCGAUUCGUUGCAGUCCCACAUUUUCCAUAGGGCCAUAAAAUCACAUUUUAAUUCUAACGGUUGGUUUUAACCUCAUGGGAUGCUAUUUAUAUGAUAGUGAAGAUCAUUGAAACUAUGAAAGGGUCACAAAGAUGUAUAGAGGGAGUCUGUUCAAAUGUCUCAGCAUGGCCUUAUUUGACUCUCUGGUGUUGCCAGAGCCGCCUCCUGUCCCUGGCAUCCAAAUCCUCUGCUGUUGAAGGGGCCCGCUAUGUUUUAUAGGAAAAGCUAAAGGGACAUAAGGCUGCCUAUCUAGAGAACGGCUAGUUUGUCUUUCUGUUCAUGUAAACCUCUAGCUAGCUGUUUUCCUAGUUGCCAUGGUGAUAUUUUCCAGACUCAAUGAUUUGGAAGCAGGAUUUUCAUGAGAGAGAGAGUGAUGGGGUAAGAAUACAGAUAAAAGGAGAGUGAGACCACACCAAGAAGCUGAUGUCACUCCGUUGUGGUAUGAGGAAUCGGCCCACGGCCCAGAGACGUGCUCCGGGAAUUCUUCUUAAUCUACUACGCCAAGUUUCCAUGGAGGCAGUUUCAUCUCUCAGCCUCAAGCGAAGAUUCGAGGAGGUGGACAGUGGCUCUCCAUACUCUACGCCCAAGGACUCGGACGAUGACAUCUCCAGCAGUGACAGCGCUGACAGCUGUGAUAGCCUCAACCCCCCCUCCAGUACUGCACUCAUACCGACCUCCAUCCUAAGACGUCACAAGCCCUCUCCAGGCCGGAAGCGGGUGCGGUUUGAUGUGGUGACUGUGUACUACUUCCCCAGGCGGCAGGGCUUCACCAGCGUGCCCAGUCAGGGAGGCAGUUCCCUGGGCAUGGCUCGCCACCACUGCUCCAUCCGCAGCUACACCCUGGGAGAGUUUGCCUGCGAGCAGGAGACCAGUCACCGCCACGCCCUGCGCCAACACCUCCGCCAGGAGAAGCUCAACGCUCGCAAGAUGAAGCUGACGCAUAAUGGUACGGUGGAGUGUGCCCAGGCUGACCUGCUGACCCUCGACAAUGUAUCAGACGAUGACCUUGAUGUGGAGGGGGUGGAGGUGGAUGACUGCUUCUUCCUGCAGCCGCUGCCCACCAAGCGGCGCCGCGCUCUCCUCAGGGCUUCUGGUAACGCCCGCAUAGAUGCCCGGGAGAAGGCUGAGCUACGGACCAUCAGGCUGUCCAGGGAGGAGUGUGGCUGUGACUGUCGCUUCUACUGUGACCCCCGCCACUGUGGCUGCAGCCAGGCUGGCAUCAAGUGCCAGGUGGACAGGAUGUCUUUCCCCUGUGGCUGCUCUCGGGAUGGCUGUAGGAACUCGGCGGGCCGCAUCCAAUUCAAUCCUCUGCGUGUGCGAACACACUACCUGCACACCAUCAUGAAGCUGGACCUGGAGAAGAGGAGGCUGCUGGGGCAGAGGUCAGGUGUCGGGGAGCAGUAUGAAGAGUCUCACCUGCUCUCCUCCCCCUCCUCCACCAGGCCUCCCUCCCCAGACCUUGACCUGUCCACAGGGGGCCAUGGCCUGGAGUUAGAGGCAGAGGAGAGAGAGGUCCAGAUGGUCCUAGAGGCUCAGGACCUCCUGACUGAGCAGGCCUGCCUGGAGCGGGAGAAUGAGAUCGCCGUGCUCCACCUGCAAAGUGCCGAGGAGCAGGAGAGGAUGAGGGAGGAAGAGGAAGAGGAGGAGGCGCAGAGGGGCAGGGGGGGGAGCAGGUAGCCUGGGGGAGCAGGCUCUGUG